AUGUCCAAAUUCAUAUUACCAAGCACCUUGAGAGAAUUAAGAUUCCAUUUGUCCCAAACAGGCGAAGCAUCCGUGCCCUUGAGAAAGUUUUUGACCACCAACUACGCCACUUUGAAGACACAACUGAAAAACGAAUUGCCCAUAUUAAUCAGAGAAGCAUACGGUAUACCUCCAAGCAUCACUGCCAGAUUUGAAAAGGGAAAGGAAAUCAAGAACAACUUAGAAGGAUUGGAUGAAAAGGCCGUUGCCGAGGCCUUAAAAACGUUAUUGAAAAACUAA